AAAAAUUUCAUUCCUAAUGAAUAUUUUAUUAAAAUUGGAAAUAUUACUGAUAAGCAAUUUUCAAGCGACAAAAUUAACGAGCAAGUGAGGGAAAUAUUUUCUUUACUCAUAAAGAAGCCAAUAUUGAAAAAAAUUGAAUUAAACGUCACUGACAUUGAUAAUAUUAGUGAGAAAUUAUCAACAAUAUUCAAUUAUUUUGAAGCAGUUGCAACCAAUUAUAAUGAAAGUGUUACAAAUUAUUUUUUAACAACCGGAAGGAAACGACAACAACAACAAGAAAAUAAAAUUAAAAUAAUCGAUAACAAUAUUAAAACAUUUUAUUCUGAUAUAAAAACUGUAUUAAAUGAUUAUUGGAAAAUAAUCUUAAAUAUUUUUUCUUUCAAAAAUAAUGAUGUACUAUUAAAAAAGUUUGAUAAUUUGGAAAAAAUGAUUGAACAUAAAAGUAAAAAUAGUAAUUUAACAUUAACAUCACUUAAAAGAGGGAGAAAUAACAUUAGUCAAAAUCAAAUAAUAAAUAAUAAAGCAAAUAUAAGAUAUAAUAAUCGCAUUAAAUUUGCAAAUUAUUUGAAGAAAACAAUUCAACUAUUCACAAUAAUUAUUAAUCAAACUGUAAAUAUUACAAAACAAUUAAAUCCAAUUGUUCAUUCAAGAUAUUAUUACAUCUGUAAAUUGGAUCUUAAAGUAUUUGAGAAUGUCAUUAUUAAGAAAUUUCAAAAAAAAAUUUCACUAGAAUCAUUAAAUUCACGUGCGGCUGUGAAUAAUAUGGUUAUUAUUUAUUCUAAGACCAAGGAUUUUUAUCUACAUGGACAGAGAAUAAAAAUUUGGAAUAUUUUACAUACGAGUUUCAAUAUUAUUUUCACGAAUUACGAAACAAUUAUAAAAUGUUCUGUAGAACAAUUUGCUUCCUAUUAUAAGGAAAUUAUGAAAAUAGCAGAGAUCAUAAAUGGAAAUAUAUUUAAAAAUAAAAUUUCAAUUGAUAAUCAUAAUAGUGAAGCUGUAAGUUACUGUAAAAAGGCUGAGAAUGUUUUGGAUAAUUUAACAUUUUUAAUAAUAAAAGAUAUAAAUUCUAAUAAUGAAAAGACAAAAUUAACAGAGAAUGAAAGUAAGGAGGAAGAUAAUGAAGAUAAUGAAGAUAAUAAUAUAAUGUAA